AUGAUCACUUGCUGCUGUCAGAGUGGUAUUUUCGGCCUUACAGCUUUCUAUUCGCCACGGAAUGUUACUGGAGAUAACUUUUGCUUCUUUUCCUGGGCAACAGAAGCCGCUACGUGUGCUCCCACAAGAUCUUCUGCGGUCUUCACACCAACACUAUUUCGCCUUGAUGGAAAAGAGGUUAUCAGUUUAUUUUAAUCAGAUUGUCUUUCUUUUUUUCAUCACAAAUUUUACAGUAGAAGUGUGUGGUUAUGCGUUUCAGGCAGCAUUCAAUCAGUUUAGUUUGGUGCACCUGGGAUGAGGGGCUGGGGGAAAGUGCUUCAUGUAUAAGUGAAAAACGUGGCCUCCUGCGUCUCCAGAAUACUAAUAAGUGUCUCGCCUUACACAUACAAAAUUCCUGUUUAGGAGAAAUUUCAUUGCACUUACGCACUCAAAGCAAUUGAGCUUGCUAAUAUGGGAAAUCGAGAAAAAAUAACUCCACAGUAAAUACAUCCAGUGGCAUAGCACAACUAGCAGAUGUUUUCUCGACCUAUUGUUAAAAAAUACUUAUUGAGAAAUUAGCUUAUGAUGACAGACAUACAUAAACAGAGGGACACAUACGAACAUAUACUGGAAAGAAAGCACCAUAUUUGGCCUUCAUUUUUUUUUUCCUAGAGGAGAAACAUCGGAGAAUAGACACUUGCACGGUUUUUUUUUUUUGUUUUGACAGGGACCAGUUAGCGAACGUCCUUCAAAACGACUGGAAAGAACAUCUUAAAAUUUAAAAAAAAAAAUCAAUUUUGUUUGUUACAGACGUUUGUUUGGUUGGGGGGCAGGUUCUUGCUUGCAUUUUGGGAUUGAGAAAAUUAGACUUUUGCUAACCAGUAAGUAGUAAAUAGCAUGCAAGACAAGUUGUGUUUAAUGGUCUACUGUAACCUCGGUUGUACUCUCUUAUAAAUUUUUCUUUUCUAGGUUGGGCAUGCACGAAUGGUAAAAAUAGUUCAAGACAAAACUCACAGAAUUAUUACUCGAGCGCUCAAGCCCCCUGUGUUCGGUAAGUUCAGUUUUAGUCAAAAACAGAUCCUAAAAUGCAUUAUUACAUUUUUGUAUAUGGCAAUGACCGAAUAAAAGCUGAUCUACUACCAGGGUUUCUGCUAGUGCUUAAUAAGCCAGAUUAAGAAGUCACGUUCAUCGGCUAAUCUAAAUUGAUAAGCCAGAUUAAUAAGCAUUGGGAUUGACCGGUGAAGAGUGACUAACAUCAAGAGAGAAUUAGAUAAGCCUAGAUCAUUCAUUAAUAGCGUACUUUUGAUUGUCUACAAAUAAGAAGGUGGGCGGGUAGAGAGUCGAGAGUCGCCGGGCUAAAGGUCGUGAGACAAUUCAUUUUGUAUUAGGAGGAACUCUAGUGAUUGAGAUAACCAUGGUUUUAAAUAUCAUUUUUUGAAUUAAGAAAUCCCCGACUUUUUGACAAGAGAGGAAUGCGAACAUCUUAUUCAAAAAGCAAAUGACGCUGGGCUUACAUUGAGCGAGGCUAGACUACCCGAAGAGAGCGCUCACAGGGACAAAUUUUCUGGUAAGUAAACAUUUAUAUCAUUAUUCUUCGUUCUGCGAAGAGUAAAUAGCCGAACGACUGCCUAAAGACAUCGCAAAAACAGCUAAAAUACAACUGGAUGGAUGUAAACUGCUAGUUGAAAUAUCUGCUAAGGAGGGCAAUUCCGUUAUUGGGCGUGUAUUAAACUUUGAUUUUCUGAUCUGAUGUCGCGAAUUGAAAAAAUGCGAGGAGUGUUAUAGAAACUUAAAAAUCCGUUUGCAUCGUGCUCAGUCUCCUUAAAAUAUUAUAACAAUUGUUCAUGCCUUUAUAUAGCCUGCGUAGCAAGCGUUUCUGUACGGUUUAGGAGCAAAGAACGAGGAACGAGAGUCAAACUGACCGCGCGACAAAUGGCGCAAGCUCGUUUCAUUUCUCGCUCGGUCAAAACCGAAAAUUCCCUUCCUCGGUCUUUCUUUGCUCCGAAACCUAACGGAAACGCUUGCUACACAGGCUAGCCUUUAUAGUUAUGUCGCGAGCUCACUGAUACGUUUACCUGGUUUAAUCGCGUUAUGACAAGUCCCCUGCUAUUCCCACCAUUAGAUAGUUGUUAUGACGAUGACUACAGAUGCGUCAAAUGGGCAAAAAACGGCGAAUGUCAGAAGAACCCUGGCUACAUGUUAGAGAAUUGUCGCCAAAGCUGUGAAGUCUGCAAAGGUAUGAAUUACGACUUACGCUGCCUUCAGUUACCGUAAACUGCUGCAUGAAAGCCCUGGGCCUAAACAACUUUGUGAGGGGUCGUGGGCUUAUGACCGGAAUAGGAAAAGCGCUUCAAAACACGUUAUAGCAGUGUCGAUCAAAAUACCAUUUACUGGAUUUUAAUUAAGCUUCAAAACGUCAUUAGAAAUCAAAUUGAUUUUAAUACAAGCUAGAAGGUCCCUUAGGAAGGCCUGAUACUCAGGCUAACGAAUCAGUCUCUCGCUUGUUUACCAUGCACCUUUUUUGUUUGUUUUGUUUCAGAUGACACGGUUUUAGACUUUCAAAACUGGGAUCUCGACAAAGAUGGCGUUCUCACUGGAUACGAGGUUUAAUAUUAUGUUGUCUCGCAUUUCGUUGAAUCAGCCGUUUUUCCUACUUCAGUGGAUUGCGGAUUUUAUAUCAUUUCAGAAUAUCAGGUUAGAAAGAUAAGACGUCGCUCCGCCAAAAAGAAAAUUAUACUGGCCUAUAAAUUUCACCGCUCUGCCUUCAAAAAAACUAAUUGGUUUUUCACCCGCCUGCACAUGGACAAAAGGUUCAUUGGUACUGAAUUACUUGCACUCAACUGAGAGCGAGUGCCGUUCUUGUCAUGCUUCGAGGUAAUAGAUGACUUUGUGAGUCAAAUAGCUAUAAUAAACCUAAAAAAUCCCUGAUCGUCAAAUGAACUUUCAACGACAAGGUGUCUUUUCAUUUCUAUCGCAUGAUUUAAGUCACUCUAUCUUAUGUGUUAAUUUUGUUAUAGCAGCUGAAUCAAUCAGACGGUACUUUAUUGAAUAAGUUAUUGCAUGAAGAAAUUAGAAUUGCCGAUUUUUUGAAGGUUGAUUGAAUUUUACAUCUUUUUCUUCUAGUUUAUAAAGGCUGCCGAGAUGAUUUUUUUCCUGUACAUAGAUGAAGACGACGUCCGUGAAAUGCAAGUAUCUCGGAUAGUAUGUUUCUGGUCCUGCUGCGUGAUGAAACCAUUUCAUUACGCACAAAAUAUUGAAAAGAUAAAUUCCAAAGCCUCAGCAUUACCAUUUCUCUUCAAUGUAUAGACCCGCAUAAUAGAACGAAGAAAAACUCACUAUCUUCCUUAAAGAUCAAACUAAUUUCCAGAUCAAUUUUGAUGUAAUGCCGGAAAGAUGUUGUUCACCCCGGUUUGUGCAAGAUAGGGUAAUUUCUCAACACUGACAAUUUUAAUUGAAAAGCAGUCGAAAUGUCUCGUACCUAAGUGACUAUCGUAAGACAGCCGAUAGACUAACCUAUCAUGAUAUGUUCAAGUUAAGCCUGGAAAUAUUUGAGGAUAUUUAUUUAAUAUAGCACCUCAUGCCUCUUGAAAGGAGACUGAAAUUAGCGGUUUGCAAAAAAUGCUUUCGUUGAAACACCUUUGCAUUCCAUGCAAUCUACAAUAGAGAGGAGAAGUGUGAAGUCACGUUACCAUGGUAACGCUAUUUGUGGAUGACAACAAAGCCAACGACGACAGCGACGGUAAGGAGAACUGCAAAAAAUAAUGUGUUUAUAUUAACAAACAACUACUUUGCACGUGCACGUGUACAUAAUUUUGCCGUCGUUCCACCACUGCGACAUGAAACUUCCUAAUUUCACGAGUCCGCUUUAUGGAUUAGGUCAACACAACACCAAAAUUGUCGCUUUCUUUUUUUAAACUUAGAUGACCAUAGAUACGGUCCCAAAGAAAAUUUCGCCAAGAUUUGCCAAAGUAAAUGAAAUUGAAUAAGAUUGGUGAGGUUUGAAAUAGUGCGAAUAGACUUUUAAGUGACAUUUUCGGUUUGUUGCCAUCCAAAAAUGUUGCUACCAUUGCAACGUGACGUAACGACUUCCCCUCUCUAUUGUAGAUUUAAAUAGAAUUAUCUUUCAAUGCAAAUUGUUCUUCCUUUUUAUUGGCCGAGAUCCCACCACAUGUGCCUACAAAUAAUGGUCUGCUCAUGCCCAAGUCGUCCAAUUGUGUUUGGCUGCAAAUAAUAUGCGUAAAUAAAACCACAGAUCAAUCAAUCUGCUCGCCACUGACAAAUAACGAUAUUUUGCUCAAACUCGUCCAAUAAUUGUUGAUUAUUUUUUCUUGUACAGGUUUACUGUUUUGAACAUUACACAGUUUGGCCCAGGUCAGGAGUAUACAGUCUUUAUAUAUAACUUAAAUGACAAAGGAUUGCUUAUAACCUGUUGUCUUUCAAAAGACAACUCUAGAUUAGAAAGUCUGAGGGGUUGUCCAGUUCAACUUUUUUUAAAAUUCUUCUCAGUAAAGAAAUAGCAGCGCUAAACGAGAUUCAAGGUUCAAGUUUUAUUCCCGAAAAUAACAAGAGAUAACAAGACUACGAAAGCCAUGCUUCUGAUGAACCAGCGGGUAUUAGCACCACUAUGCCAAAACCACCGGUUUUUUCCAAUGAAAAAAACACGUCAACAAAACCUGGUUUGGUAUCUGAAGUAUAGCUCAUGUUUUAAUUCUUUUAACCAUUUUGCUUGGGUAAUUAAGUGAGCAUAUAACUAUUCCAAAAGUAGUGUUAGACCUACCUAACAAAGUAUGGAAUGUUUAUUAUAACUGAUUUGUAGGUCCGCUGUGCGAGGACAACGAAGCUUCAUGCUCACAGCUGGCAAAAGAAGGAGCCUGUCAGCUUUAUCCUACAUGGAUGUUAUUUACUUGCCGAAAAUCUUGCGACAACUGUGGAUGUGACGACUUAGCUGCCAACUGCUCUUCGCUUGCUAAAGAACAAAAUGUCUUGAUGAUGGACAUGUUUAUUGGAUGCUGA